GAAAAUCUUCAAGACGAUGAGGGGCCACACAUAGAGGGGGGUAAGUGAUAAUUUAAAUAGAUUAUAGCACAGGUAUUUCAAGCUCGAAAUAUGAGCAUCGGCGAACAUCGGCAUUGUUGUGUAAUAUUCGAAAUCAAGAGCCAUAAUGGGACUUGUCGAAAUAUAAGGAUUUGUAUCGGGAAAAGACAUAUCGUUUCUGUAACCUACAAAAAUGAAAGGAUUUCAAUUAAAAAAACUGCUCACCUUACGUAAAAUGUGUGUUACGUCUCUCCCGUGUGGUCCACGGGUCGAUUUAUGGCCGUUUUAUGGGUUUUUAUGUAAACGGUUUUCUCUAUAUAUAGAAGGUUUAUAUAGAGAGAAAAUCGUUUACAUAAAAACCCAUAAAGCGGCCAUAAAUCGCCCCGUGGACAACACAGGAGAGACAUGAUACACAUUUUAAGUAAGGUAAGCUGUUUUUUAUUGAAAUCCUUUCAUUUUCGUAGGUUACAGAAACGAUACUUUUUUUCCCCAUACAAAUCCUUAUAUUUCGAAUGUUAUGCAACAAUGCCGAUGUUCGCCGAUGCUCAUAUUUCGAGCUUGGGCUACCUGUGAUUAUAGUAAUAAAUAACAAUUAUUUAUCACAAUUUAGGGCCAGGUUUUCUAUAAUUUAGUUACUUUCUACAUUUAGGUAAGAUGCAAAUGCGCCACAUUGACGGUCAACGUUAACUCUCCUGGUAUAGUCGAAAAAGAGAAAUUUGUAAAAUCUCUUGACUUAAUAACUGAAAUCCUAAUAAGUCCGUAUAUCAGAUUGAUGAAGACACAAGUACAUGUGCGCCGGAAAGACAACAGUUUUCGCACUGUUACACUGUAGUGGAGCUACUGAAUACCUUGAAAAGCUUUUCAAGCAACAAUGCAAUCAUCCAUACAUGAGUAAAAUUAAUGAAGAUAUGACCAUCGCAUUAGUAAUCACAACUUCAGCAAUUGCAAAUUAUGCCCGGGAAGAAUUUCAGGCUUUAAAAAGUACUCGAACCUAUGGCCUCUUUGUUACAGAAGUAGUGCUACUGCCAACACCUUAGCUACGAAGACCCUAUUUUAUUGUGACUGGGAGCCGGUAUAUAUAUCUUUUUUAUCACAACCGUACCCGUGAAAGGAAAGAAACAGAAUGAAGAAGACAGCAACCUUAUUUUAUGUUUCAUUUCUCUUUUAGUCUAUAUGAAGGUUAACCCAAGCAUGGGCUUUUUUUUUUAUUUCUUGUUUUUGUUGUUGUUGUUGUUGUUGCUUUUUUUUUAAUCCUUUUUCCCUAAGUCAAUGCCAAUGAUCCACUGAGUAGGUGAGAAAUUAAAUAUCAUGGCGUAUUUCAUAAGUUAUACAGUCACUUAUUGCAGCAACCGAAAGUUUUUUCUCUUGUACAAAUCACGUUAUUUUUGGCUGUUUUGAUGUUAGAUUAUUAUCCUUGUCAUAGGACACUAACAUGAGUGCUUUGUCGUAGGCUGCAAUGACGUAUAUAUCAACUGGUGUCGCAGGUAUUCUUUGAGAUGUUCUCACCCAAUUGUAUACAACUACUGUCCAAGAACCUGUCACCGAUGCACUGGUAAAUACCUUAACAGCUCAAAUCGUUCCGGUCUUAAUUGGUCUGUAUUUGCCAGUCAUUACAUCGAACAGCAGUCUUGGCCAAGAAACCGCCCGAUACUAAGGGUGCGCACUUCAAGCUUGAAUAUUCUGAAAUGUAUUAGAGAAGCACAAAGAUACUAUCUCAUAUCUGUCCGUGUUAUUAUAACUGCAUCUUAAGAACACUAUUCCCAGCUCCCUUACACGUGAACGAACAAAACAUUAUUUUUGGAUUUUUCCAAUUAACCCAAUACCUCUCAGUGUUCUGUUAAAUGGUCCUUAAGGUGAUGUUUAUACUAUUUAAGGGUUCUGAUGAGGUAUAUUGAGACCCUCGCACUUGAUAUGUCAACUGUAACUUGAGUCUAAUGUGUUAUUCUAGGCGCUAACGGGUGGAGCUCCUGGACAGCUUAUAGCCGAUGCUCUAAGACAUGCUACUAUGGGUUACAAACCAGAUCAAGAAAAUGUUCUAGUGCUUCAUCUUCAGCUUGUCCGGGGUCUUCAAUGGAAAGUCGUAGAUGCAACGAGCGCGUGAGCUGCUUAAGUAAGAAUCUGGAUAAUAUGACAACAUUUAAAGGUCAAACCUGAGAUAUUAGUAUACUUGCUUGAAAGCCGGUAAAUGCUUACGUAGGUUUUAGCUUUUAUCAUAUCUAAGGGUUGAGCUCACAAAACGGGGUAGUAGCCACAUUAUUUUAUUUAUUUUUAUCUUAUUUUAUUUUGUUGUCAUUUUUGUACCAAAAAAAUGUCAAAGAUAUUUUUUUCUUUCUUAAAGAUAAAUAGAUAAUUGAGGUAAGCACUAGACAAUGAUAGCGUGUAAUGAAGACUUGUAACUUCAAACGAAAACAAUAGUUGCCAAGGCUGCAUUGUUCUGAUAACUGGAAUUUUUGCAAGUUAGAAGCUGGGUAUUUUAUAAUUGUAUAUAUACUACAGGUAAUAAAAUUAAAUUAUGUCUCGUUACGAUAACAACGGACCUGCUACCGAAUAUUACCGAGAUUAAUAUCUAAGAAUUACGUAAAUGAAUACUGAACAAUGGAUAUUCUGGCUUGUUACCAUAUCGCGAAAAAGUAAGACAGAAAGAAAAGAGACAAAACUGUAGGGGAUGAUAUAAUAUCUGAGCAACAGUCUUCUACAAUGAAAGUCCAUUGUCCAUGAGCUACAGUUACAUGUUCCUAGACGAAAAAUAUCUUUAAGUUUCGUUUAACCCUGACAGAAAACCUUUCCAGCCCCCUGGCCGGUAUGGUAGAUCCACAUCAUGUCUUUUAUCUUGUUUUUAGAGGAUAAUGUGGGAUCAAAUUCUGCCCAUGCCUCAAUCCAAGGUGUAUGGACACAGUGGGGAUCAUACUCCAAGUGCAGUAAAUCUUGCGGAUCAGGAUUACAGUCAAGAGUUCGCAAGUGCAUAAAUCCUUCGAAUCCCUCAGGACACGAACGAUGCCCAGGACCUUUUAGACAACGUCGACCAUGCAACCAAAACCCCUGUCCAGGUACAGAUUUUCGUUUAAUCUCUUCAAAAUCUACACACACAAAUAAACAAACAUAGGAUAGAAAAGUAAGUCUGUCUUGUCAGUGUGACAAUUAAGGAGUGACAGCAUCUAACUCGUUUACCCCCUCGAUAUUGACAGAUGAGGAACCAGAUACGGUCCACUACUGCUUGUAUUAGCCCCCCACCCUUGCUUCUGCCCCCCCCCCCCCCCCCCUUCCCGUUACAGGCCCUCCUGCCUGCAAACAAAAAAUAACAUCCGAAUACAAAACCCUCGGAUAUAAGCCCUGUCCCCUCUCCAAAUGUAUUGAAAUGAAAUCGAUUCCAUAUUCCAUAUUCCAUCAGCAUCACUACAGCUUGAUUCGAAGAACUUUUUUAUUCCGGUAAUAAACUCUCUCGGAUAUAAACCCUUCCGGUGAUAAUCCCUCCUAAAACCUCUAACGAAGAUAUAUAUUUUUUGCUAGGGAUACAUUAUAAACAGGGGUUUGAGGUACAUGACUAAGUAGGCGAUAUUGUAACCAAAUAAGUAAUUGAGCUCUCAUUCAUCCAGUCAUUUAAGUUUUAUACGAUGGCUUAGAGAGAUGUGUCCAUUAUAUUAGUUGAUGGUGGGUGGACUUCUUGGGGACGUUUUCGCCAGUGCAGCAAAACUUGUGGAGGAGGAAAGCAGUACAAACAGAGAUUUUGCAAGAACCCUUCCCCUAAAGGUGGAGGAAAAGUUUGUCAAGGCCCUAAUAAGUUUUAUCGUAAAUGCAACAGGCAGCCAUGUGCAGGUAACUAUUGUACCCUGAUGUUAACCCUAUUCAGACCAGAGAGUGGCUUUUGAAGGCCCCCUAGCCUGAAUAACUUCAAAGUCACUCAAGCCAUGACCAACAAAUGUUUAAAUAACUUUUACUUUAUAUCUAGGACAUUUUAAAGGCGUCGUGGCGAGUACGGCAAUACUGACGUAACCAUGGCAACCUGUCACAUCACAGGGUUUUAUUUCUAUUUUUGCUUCUGAAUUACAUUUAGAUAAGAAUUAUUUUAUCAAAUUUGUUGUAACUGCUGAUGUAAUCCAGGCUUUUAUGUAACAGAUAUUUUCCGCAAGGUUGUGAAAAUAAAAGGCACCAACACAAGGCCUUUGAUGUGCAGAAUGCAGCCAUUUGUAUGAUAAUCUACUCCCGGGGGAUCGAUCUCGGUUUUGUAAACAAUGUGUGCUUCAUUGAGCUGUGGAGACUGCUGCUAAGUUAAUAAUUUACCCUUGAUUCGAUCCUCAGUUCACGGUAACUGGUCUCCAUGGAGCGUAUUUGGAAUAUGUAGCAGAACUUGUGGAGGAGGUAUUAAAUACAGAAGCAGAUUUUGCAACAAUCCUGCUCCUUCAAGCGGUGGAAACACAUGUUCGGGGCCAUCUCGUCAAUCAAUUGCCUGCAACACGCGGACAUGUUCAGGUUAAAAGCAUUCUCAGUUAAUUUUAAAGGAUGGUUGAUUUCAAACCCUCUAUAAUUCGAGCAUGGAAUUAGAAAACUUAUUAAGAAAAUUAGUACCGAAAAUUCUAGAAAAUACAAUAAGGCGCUCUCAAACUUUUAUUUUGAAUUUCUAGAAUAUUUAAACAUUGUAUAUUACACUUUCAGUAAUGUUAAAUCAGAUGAACAGUGCGUCUUUUUUUCUCUUUUAAACUUAAGGUUGCUCGAUCCAGUCUUUCAGGGUCAACACCUCCUAAAUUUGAGCAUAAUAUAAACUACGUCUCCAUAAACAAAGAUUUGGAAAAAUUGCCACCACAGUUCUGUUAGACAGAGAUGAAAAUUUGUUAUGACCAGGGUUGCAAUGACAUCGGAGUUGUCAUAGCAACUAAAUGACGCCAUUACCUAUUUUACUUGCAACAGUAUUUCUCGUCACUGGGAAGUGUUCUGACUUCCAAAAUCGUUCACGGGAGCUUUUUCCUCCAAUAACCGCCUCAAUGUUCGUGAAGUUUAAGCAAAAUCUGUAAGAGCGUUAUCGAGAUAUUUCGGGAUGAAAUUUUUAUGGUUCGAAAUGCGGUAAAAAAUGUUCAAUGUCAUUGCAACCCCGAUCAUAACAAUUUUUCAACUUUACCUAAUAUAAUUGUGGCGGUAAUUUUUCCAAAACUUUGUUUUUGGCGACGUAGUUUAUGCUCAAACUUGGUAGGUAUGGAGCCUGAAAAACUAUAUCGAGCAAAGUUAAUUCUCGCUUAGUGAUUGAUGAAUUCUAAGACUGUACAACAAUCUCGUGUUUGGCAAAUAUUGAUAGCGAUUUAAUGGUAGCACAUCCUUAAAGUGGUUCUUUCUCUUCACACGAGGGGGUUUUCGUGAAUUUUGGGAGCUAUAUAAUUUUAUUAUAAUUUCAGUGUUCAUCGGUUUUAUAAAUGAGUAGGAUAGUUAUACUAUGGUACAUGUGAUUUAUGGAUACAUUAUGAAUAAACCAAGGUCGGUACUCUUACUACUCCAUCACCCCAGCUGAUGAUUACGUUAACGAAAAUAUCAUUAACUUUUUUUUUUUUAUCUGCAACCUAUUUAUUUCCUUAUUUGCUCCUUCUAAUUACAUUCGUAAUAGUUGAUGGUCACUGGUCGCCCUGGGGAGCUUUUGGAGACUGUAGCAAAUCUUGCGGUGGAGGCAAGCAACGUCGAAGCAGAACUUGCACCAAUCCAGCACCGUCUGGCGGUGGAAAUACUUGUCUAGGGCCUUCAUAUCAGUCAAUUGCAUGUAACCCAAAGACCUGUCCAGGUGAACCAUACAUUUCGUCUAUUUAUCUCUCCUAUUGCUACAUUUCUUCGGUUUUAUAAUGAAACAAAUGACGUCGAUGAAACUUAGGGCGCUUUCCAAAAGUCAGAACUGGACGGCCGGACCAUUGCCGGACCGAUCAUUUUGAAAAUGAAAUAGGCUUUUUUCCAAAGAGGUUUUGCUGAAAAACCAUUUCCUUCUUGCAUACCAUCUAGGAUCUGACUGAUCUAGCUGGACAGUUUUGAUUAAAAGUAAAUUCUCAUUACGACGGAAAUGACUUGACAGGUCAGUUCUGACAAAUGGAAAGCGCCCUUAGAGUCAGUAUCACUUAUAUUGGCUGUAUAUUUUUUGCACUCACCACAGUAAGUUUUUCCGCAUGAUGCUUCAAUCAGAAGACAGUGACACCAGGUUCUUAUAGUUAUAUUCACAAUGUAAUGAUACAAUGUUAUUAAUGUCGCUCUUUAUUAUUAUUAUUUUUUUAAAAUAUGGUGAUUCUUCCGUUUGGAAGAUCAAGUUUUCGUCCUUAUUAAUCAAGGCAUCAAUGUGUGCUGUCAGUUUGUUUCCAUCAUGCUUUUUUUUCUUCCUUUACUUUUAGUUCAUGGUCACUGGUCGGCUUGGGGAUCGUUUGGACCUUGUAGUAGGAGUUGUGGAAGUGGCAAGCAGUAUCGAAGAAGAGCCUGCAAUAACCCAGCGCCUUCCAGUGGUGGACGUACUUGCAAUGGACCAUCUCACCAAUCAAAAGCUUGUAAUAUACACGUCUGCGCAGGUAGAUACUACAGCGGCAUCCAGUUACCAGGAUGGAGUGAAUUUAAUGUUUGUUUUUGUUGAUCCUGGGAAAUAACAUCCAAGUGCAAAGUGGCUAGUUAUUGUAGAUUUUUGUUAUAAUCUCAAUGUUCAACGGUUUUAUAAAUGAGUAGGUUAGUUAAGCUGUGGUACAUAUGGUUUAUGGAUACAUUUUGAAUAAACCAAGGUCGGUGCUCUUCCCACUCCGCCACCCUUACUACCUCAUCUGAUGAUUACUUUAACGAAGAUAUCAGUCACGUUUUUCAAAUAUAGAGCUUCUUCCGUUUGGAAGAUCAAGUUUUCGUCCUUAUUAAUCAAGGCAUCAAUGCGUGCUGUCAGCUUGUUUCAAGCAUUUUUUUUUACUUUACUUUUAGUUAACGGUCACUGGUCAGCUUGGGGAUCGUUUGGACCUUGUAGUAGGAGUUGCGGAAGUGGCAAGCAGUAUCGAAGGAGGGCCUGCAAUAACCCAGCGCCUUCCAGUGGUGGACGUACUUGCAAUGGACCAUCUCACCAAUCAAAAGCUUGUAAUAUACACGUCUGUGCAGGUAGAUACCACAGCAGCAUCAAGUUAUUAGAUGGAAUGAAUAUCUGCUUUUGUUGAAGCUUUAGCUGUCUCUCACUGCCAAACCAAACCUGUAACGCAACUGGAAGGACUGAGGAAAUCCCACAAUAGCUAGUGGUAACCGGUCGUUUUCUGCAGGAUUUACGCCCAAUUGUAAGCAAAAAUAAUUCAAAAUGGAGACAAGCGUUAUGAUGGUAAGGAUAAGUAUCUUGCACCAGUAAUUCGCGGAAAACACGAUCCGAAUGAGAUUAGAGUAUGCGUUUACAAAUUCAGCACAACUGCUUCUACAGGUAUAUCUGGCUGUCAGUAUGCCAAAGCAUCUUAGAUAAGUGCUGCAAAGAAACCUCUGAGCUAGUAAUACGCACUUGUUCAAACAUACAUUGCAUUCACAAAGUACAAGAGGAGUUGGGAGCUUUUAGAUAAAUUUAAAAGAAGUUAUAUAGAAUUCAGAAACGCUUAUUAGUCUCCUAUUUAGUUUUAAUGUACUCCUCUUAGUUGACGGUCACUGGUCUUCGUGGAGUUCAUUUGGACCAUGCAGCAAAACAUGCGGUGGGGGAACUCAAUACCGGAGUAGAGCUUGUGAUAAACCAGCACCGUCUCCCAAUGGUAAAACUUGUCCUGGACAAUCUCAGCAAUCGAAAGCUUGUAAUACACAUUCGUGUCCAGGUAAGUAA